AUGAUUCUUCUCGUUGGACCAACGUCUGUCGGAAAGACGUGUCUGCUAAAACGGUUACAGAAUCCAAAUCUGUCAAGUGUCAAGGAAGAUUUGCCAGCAACUGUACCCACAGUGGGCACAAACCUUGUGACUGUGACAUCCCUGAAGAAAACAGAAAUCACUCUGAGAGAGAUGGGUGGGGCAAUGGGUCCUAUCUGGCACAAUUACUACAAGGAAGCACACGCCAUUAUCUUCAUGAUUGAUGUGUCCAGGCAUACUCAAGUUGCCGUCUCUUGUGUUCAGUUGAUGAACAUAUUGGCACAUCCUUUCACACAGACUGUGUGUGUUCUUGUUCUUCUCAAUAAAACAGAUAUACCCAAUGGGAUGACUCGGUCUGAACUGGAAAGCUUGAUGAGGUUAGAUGAAGUCAUCAGAUGUGCUACACAGAAGAUCACAGUCUUGGAAAUUAGUGCUAAAACUGGACACAACCUAGAGAAAGUGGCCAGAUGGGUGUAUGAUCAGAACAAGCUUGAGGAAAGCAUUGCUACUUGA